AUGGCUCCUCUUUGGCUCCUCUUCCUCUUUGGCUCCUCUCUCCUCUUCGGAGUCGCGUCGGGCGCGCUGCUCGCGGGUCUCGCCUCGCCAAGAUCAACCGCCGCCUACGUUGUCUCCGUUGCGCUGAUCGUCAGCAAAGCGGCCGCGACUCCGCCUCUGCCGCCUACGUCUCUGCCGCCAUUCGCGGCUGACGGAUCAGAGUGCUCAGUCUCUGCUGAGUGCUCCGUGGAGCCGGGAUCGGUCGAUGCUGAGUGUGCAUCGGGCUACUGUCUCAGCAGGGGAGUGAUGCGAGGACCACCAGUGUGCGGCUCGCUCGGCUCGCUUGGUCGCGGGUCAAGCAGUUGUUCCUCUGACUCGGACUGCCUCACCUUCCCCAGCGCGCUUGGCUCUGGCGCAAACGGGAGGAUCCAGGGCGUAUGCAACGGCGGCGAAUGUCGCAUCCCAGCGAUGGCGGCGUGCUCGUGCUUCAGUGACGCUCGCCUCGCUGAUCAGUAUUGCUUCGAGGGCGGCUUCUGCGAUGUCGAGAUCAUUGACUCGACCGUGACGGGCUGCACGGCUGAGGGGGGAGGUGUCGUCUUCAUGCAGUACAGCGGUGACGUCUCGCUAACCCGCUCGACAGUUGUGAACUGCUCAGUCGGUGGUGGCUUGGCUGAAGAUGGGGGCGGCGUCGUGUUCGUCGACUUCAGCGGUGCGGUUUCGCUAAUCGACUCGAAUGUGACGGGCUGCUCGGCCGACUAUGCGAGCCGCGCCGGCGGCGUCGUCUAUGCGAGGCAGAGUGGUGCAGUCAUGCUAAUCGGCUCGAUCGUGACGAGCUGCACUGCCAACAUUAAUGGCGGCGUCGUCUACGCAAACGCAAAAGAACUACCCCAGGAGAGCGGUGCGGUCUCACUCAUCGGCUCGACCGUGACGGGCUGCUCGGCUGGCCAGAACGGCGGCGUCGUCUAUGCAGCCAACAACGAUGCGGUCUCGCUAAUCGACUCGACCGUGGCGGGUUGCUCUGCUGGCAUUUACGGAGGCGUUGUCUUCAUCACGUCCAGCGGUGCGGUCUCGCUAACCGGCUCGACCGUGGCGGGCUGCUCUGCUAGCUUGCGCGGCGGCGUCGUCUACGCAGACAACAACGAUGCGGUCUCGAUAACCGGCUCCACCGUGACGGGCUGCUCAGCUGGGGCUGGCUUGCAGCCCAAAUUCAAGAUUAUCGUGAGCUUCUACCAGGUGAGCAGUACCCUCGGCGUCGUGUACGGCGUCCGCCUUGAUGAGCGCUUCACAAUCUGGCUGAACGCAUUCAGUCUGGACGUGUUCGAGCUCGCCAUCCCCGGCAGCUGCCUCGGCGGCAUGACCAGUCGGCUGCUCAUCGCGGGCCUUUGGCCGUACGUCGCCGUGGCCCUGGUGUCGCUCGCGAUCCUCGCUCGGUCGACGUUGUUCAACCUUUCCGCGGGCGCCGAUCCUCGCUCGGCUGUCAGGCAGGCGUUUGGCCGCAAGACCCUCGGCCUUCUCCUCUACUGGGCCAUCUUCCUCUUCUACCUCGUCCUGCCCUCCGUCUCGCGCUCCAUCUUUAGCGCCAUUUUGUGUCGGUCCUUUGGCUACGACGACGCUUCGGAGACGCGGAUCAGCUUCCUACUCGCCGACACCUCGCUCAAGUGCAACGCAGGUCCCGACUGGGAGAACGGAUCGAGCGAGCUGCGCGUCUACUUCUGGUCCUUCUUUGGCCUCUGGCCCGUCCUUGUGCCGGUGAUCGACCUGACCCGCAAGAUCUUUCUCACCUCGAUGGUGCUCUUCAUCGAUCAGCAGAACGGCUCGGCCAAGCUUCAGCGCCUCGUCGUCGCCGCCAUCGUCUCAGCGAUGUUUGCCACCAUCCUCGCCCUCGCCCGCCCCUACCGGCGCUCAGACAACCUCUACCUUGCGUGCCUCGCCAACUUGCUGCUCACCUGCUGCUUCUGCGCGGGGCUGGUCAUCCAGGCGCGGGCCACACUCCACUUGCUGUCCGUAAACCUGCCAUCGCUUCGUCAGUCUCACCCUCUUCCUUGGCCUCUUCAGCUGUGUGAGAGCAACACGUACGAAAACAUGUGCUACAGCCUUGUUGGCUUCGAGAGCUCUACGAGCGCCACGAAUUUCGUCAUCGUCCUCACCGCCGCCAUGCUCGCCGUAUCGGUGGUCGUUAUCAUCGUCUCGGCGGUCAGCGCCUCGAGGGAGACGACCAUGCGGCUCGUCUCUUCGGGCCGUGAGCCAAUGCGCGACGGCAUCACCCUCGCCGACGGCCAGCAGUGGCACCUCUUCCUUUCUCAUGUCUGGAGCACGGGGCAGGACGCCGUCGCCGUUAUCAAGAACGAGCUCAUGCAGUUCCUGCCCGGCUGCGAGAUCUUCCUCGACAUCGACGACCUCAAGCGCAUCGGAGAGCUGGAGACGUACAUUGGUCGCUCCCAGGUGGUGCUCUGCUUCCUGUCGCGGGGCUACCUGCGCUCGAAGAACUGCCUGCGCGAGGUCCGCGCCGCUCUGACGAUGGGCAAGCCGCUCGUGCUCGUCCACGAGGCAGACCCGGACAGGGGCGGAGGCACGCUCGCCGAGCUACGAUCCGAGUGCCCGGAGGCGCUGCAAGGGGAAAUCUUUGACGCCGGCUGGCCGAUGGUGGUGUGGCAUCGCUUCGAGGCCUUCCAGCACGCCUCGCUCAAGGUCAUCGCCGAGGCGCUGCUGCUGAAGACGCCCAAGUACGCGGGCGAGGAGGCGCUGCCCCUGUACAUCCCGGGCGAGCUCCGAGCCGACAGCCUCGCCUUCACGAAGCCGGUGGUUCUCUGGGCCUCGACUAUGAACGUUGGGGCGCGAGAUCUCGCCGAUGCGGUCGCGGCGGCCGUGGCUGGCAGCAUCUCCGUCACGGACGCAACGCCCUCGCGCCUCUCCUCGCUGCCUCGCUUCAGCGGCAGCGGCGGCGGCGAGGCAACCCACAUGCUGCUCUACCUGAACAAAUCGACGUGGGCCGGCGACGGCGCCGAGGCGCUCGCAGAUCAGGUGCGCGCCGCGCGCGAGGGCAAGCUGCCAAUCGUCAUGGCGCACGAGAACGACGCCGAGCGCGGCGGCUGCAUCUUUGGGCACUUUUUCGAGGUGACGCCGCGCGACCUGAUCGGCGAUGGGCUGUACCACGACCUCGCCGUCGGCUGCUUCACCGACCCGCACCGGCGGGUGUCACUCGCCCUGCUCGCAAAGGCGCUCGGCGCGACGAAUCGGACGGUCCGCUCCACUGUGCGCGGCGCCCUCCCCGGACCUUGA